CGGUUUCUCUUCCGCCUCUUCCUCUUCCAGGUAGGGGUGGAGCAGUUUCUACCUGGACUCCGAGUACACGACAGUCGAGUGAUCUAAGGAUUAAAUAAUGGCGUUAUAGCCGGAGUCUGAAGAGCGUUCAUCGACUUCACAGUAUGAGCCAUCAGCCCCGUUCAAACCGGGGACACCGGGAGAGGAACGGAGACCAUCGACAUUACCGGGACGAUGACAGACGUCCGUCAUCGGACAGGUCUUCAUCUCAACCCCCAUACUACCCCAGAGAAGGAGACCACCCUCCCAAACAUGUGCGGGAGGUCCCCCGAGUGGAGCACCAUGGCUCCAGCUGCACACACAUCUGCUCCAGGAGGGGUAUCGUGCUGAUCUGUGCUGUACUGACCAACGCCCUGGUCCUGAUCUGUGCGGUUGCAGCUCAGAUGGUGACAUCGGGGUUAUCUUCGGCGGCCGGCCUCGGCGGCAUCAGCCUCGACUCCAGCUUCAACCUGCAGGGCACUGAGCUGCAACAGAUACGCAACCUGGACAUGCAGUACAGCCAGAUGAGAGCGCCGGGGAUCUAUGGGGGCAUCCCCUUCAGCCUGACCUUCGGGGUCAUCUCGCUGCUGUUUGUGGUCGCCGGGAACAAACCCCCCCACCUGAUGUCGAAGAAGCUUCUGGUCGGAGCGUUGGUGUUUCAGGCAGUGGGCGCAGUGAUAUACGUGGUGGCUGUCGGUCUCUACCUGCACUUCAUCAUCAGGGUCAACUCCACCGAUGUUUGUAAACAGCGGGAGAGGUUGUACGCACGUAACGGCUACACCUGGAUGAGCUGUGACGUGAGCGGGGCGGAUGCAGCCGUGGCUCUGUUUGGGCUCAUCACAGCCAUCCUGUACACAGCCGGCACAGUGCUCACCAUCCAGACCAUACGACGAGUCAAGAGCUACCUGCAGGAGAGAAAACGCAGAGAGGCAGAGAGACAGCAGGCCCGAGCCCAGCCACAGAGGGCCCCGCUGAGGGCCGAAACCACCUCCGUGUGAGGGGUGGAGGGGCCGCUGAUGAUGAUGGACAUCUGGAGCCUGUAUCACAAAGUGAAGCUGAUGGGUUGACUUUGCUAAACACAAAAGUAGUUGUUAAAAUCAUCCUGCUGUGACCUUUCAGGGGCUAUUAUACCAUGAUAACUACGUCACAGACAGAAACGUUUUUUGCACAAGCCAUGUGUCCACACAGGAAUGAAAACAGAUCUCUAACAGAGGUAUAGUUUACCCUAAUGAGUGAGGAUUACAACUGCCUGUUAUUUUCACUAAGUAUCUCUCAGUCCUCACAGUGCAGAUGCUUUUAGAUUCUUCUUCAUUGCAGCUCAUGAUCAUUAUUAGUGCUUUUUAGACUCAAUGAGAGGAUAACAGAGUAAAAAGUGAUCAAGUGGACGUUCUAGGCUUUCUUUUUUUUUCAGACUGGAUUUUUCCUCUGCUUUGGCAGAUCUAACAACCAUACUUUACUUUUGACUGUGAAUCAAAUUUUACUUGUGUGAUUUUAGUGUUGAUACUUGACCUUAGUAUACGUCGCUCUUUGCUGCCUAACCUAAUUUUCCCUAGUGUAUCACAGUUUUCAUCUCCCAUCACACUGAACACUCACGUCACUGGCUUGUAAACGCUCUCGUGGCUGGAUCAGUAAAUCCAGAGUGAACAGAACAUGAUAAAAAGCUUUGUGAUACCUGUUGUUCGGGAUCAUUUAUGUUAGUCCAGGUAGUGCAGGGAAAAACAGAUUACGUGCUUUGUCAUAAAGGUUGUGUCCUUUGAUUUUGUUUUCAAAUGAACUGUUUAAAUGUUGGAUUAGACAAAUGUUUUUAACUUGUAUGAAUUUUUUUUUUAGUUUUUUUAAUAUCAAAGAUUGACUUUAUGAUGUAAAGUUUUUAAUACUGCACCUCAGCUGUACAGGUUUUAUCUACUCAAAUUAAACGUCCACCUGUG